AAGACCUGGAGCAGUGUGGUCUUGAUGUCACAGAGGCCUCGGGGUUAUCAGGAGUUUGUACACAGAUCUUCAAAAGAGAGAGUGUGAUCUUCCAGAAAACAGUCUACAGCUUUGUUCAUCUGAGCAUUCAGGAGUUUUUGGCUGCAGUCUACAUGUACCACUGUUACACCAGCAGGUACACAAAGGUACUGAAGGACUUCCUGGGAGAACCAAAGUCUUUCCUCAAGAAAGUUUCAGCUUAUUUCAGAAACAAGCCAUCUGACAGUGAUCAUGGUUUAACAUCCCUGGAUGACUUCCUGAAGAGAGCCAUGGAGAAAUCUCUCAGAAGUAAAAAUGGCCACCUGGACCUGUUUGUCCGCUUCCUUCAUGGCCUCUCUCUGGAGUCCAACCAGAGUCUCUUAGGAGGCCUGCUGGGUCAGACAGACAACAGUCCAGAAGUCCAGAGUGCCAUCAACAACCUGAAAGAGAUGAACAGUUUGGGUAUCUCUCCUGACAGAAGCAUCAACAUCUUCCACUGUCUGAUGGAGAUGAACGACCGCUCAGUACAUCAGGAGAUCCAAGAGUUCCUGAAGUCAGAGGACAGAUCAGAGAAGAGACUCUCUGUGAUCCACUGUUCAGCUCUGGCCUACAUGCUGCAGAUGUCAGAGGAGGUUCUGGAUGAGUUGGACCUGGAGAAGUACAACACAUCAUGGGAGGGACAACAGAGACUGAUCCCAGCUGUGAGGAACUGCAGAAAGGCUCGACUUUAUAACUGUGGACUCUCAGAGACUCACUGUGAGGUUUUGGCCUCAGCUCUGAAGUCCAAUCCUCAUCUGACAGAUCUGAACCUGAGUGGAAACAAACUGUCUGACAUAUCAGUGAAGCGUCUGUCUGCUGGACUGGAGAGUCCAAACUGUAAACUGAAGACUCUGAGCUUGAGUUGGUGCGAUUUGUCAAAGAUCAGCUGUGAUUAUCUGGUCUCAGCUCUGAAGGCCAACUCCUCCCAUCUCAGAGAGCUGGAUCUGACCUGGAACAGCCUGAAGUCUUCAGACGUGAAGCAGCUGAUUGAUCUUCAGCAGGGUCCAGACUGCAGACUGGAGACUCUGAGAUGGGAUUGGUGAUGAUCUCUGUCAGAGUGAGAGUGAACAUCCAGGAGUGUUGAGAGAGGAUCAGCUGAACCUCCUGUUGACUUAUGUGUCCUUACAGCUCUUUGAAAUCUGUCUGUGCCAUCAGCAGUAAUAACAUAAUAAUCAUUCAAUAAAUAAAGCCUCCAUUAGUUUUUCUCUAACUUCACACUGAGUGGAGGGAAAUGAAUUAGUGCUGAUUAUCAGCACAGAUAAAUAUGGAGCCUGGUCUUUGCUGUCAGGGCUCUGGAUCAACCUGUUUGAUCAGUCUUUAUCUUCCUUUAAAUCACUUCUUCU